CCAUAUAAUUUCCUCUUACAUUUAAUAGUCUUUUAUCUGUCUUAAUAAAAUAACUUGCAAGUAUCACAAUUACCCUUUUCUCUUAGUAAUAAUAAUCGCACAUUUUAUUCGACUAUGUAGUACAGAGACCUUACAGAAAGUGUUGCUCUACAAGCGCUUAUGUAAGUUUAGAAUCUCCGUUACGCAGGGAGUUUCGAUCGCAUUGAAUCCUCAUACGGUAAAUUAGAUAUAACUAAUUGUAUUAUGCGUCUCUGGGACGCAAGUCCCGGUGGCACUCUCUCAUUUGAACACCGGGCAAGCUCAAGUUCGCAUCCAAGUUUACCUUAACAUCGUUUCGCUUAAAGUUGCUGAGCCAUGACAAAGAAGUUCGAAUUUAAUUGGCGCAUCGAAGUGCCGGAGCUCUUGAGAAAUGGCGCGAUGUUCGAUCGAUGGUUCGAAGACAAGGAGACGACAGAAUACGAACCUGAUUGCCUGUUUAAAGUAGAUGAAUAUGGUUUUUUUAUAUACUGGAAAAGCGACGGCAAGGAUGGCGAUGUCAUAGAGUUAGCUCAAGUUAGCGACAUUCGUUAUGGAGGCACGCCAAAGGAUCCAAAAUUAUGCAACAAAUUGAGCAAACACGGAACGUUAGAGCAAUUAGAUCAAAAAAGCUUAACUAUAUGUUCUGGAGUGGAUUAUACGAAUAUUACUUAUCAACACAUUGUAUGUCCGGAUGAACAAACGGCUAAGGAUUGGCAAGCUGGUUUGCGUUUAAUUACGCACAACACAAAAGCAAGUAACGUUUGUCCAACAACACAGCUUAUGAAGCAUUGGAUACGGCUAAGUUUUCAAGUCGAUCCGAAGGGAAAAGUACCUGUGAAAGUGAUAUCAAAGACUUUUGCAUCUGGAAAGACUGAGAAACUCGUUUAUCAAGGAUUAUCGGAACUGGGUUUACCUAGUGGAAAAAAUGAUAAAAUAGAACCAGAAGCCUUCACGUUCGACAAGUUUUACAGUUUGUAUUUCAAGAUAUGUCCUAGGAAUGAUAUCGAGGAACUUUUCCAAUCUAUAACGAAAAGAAAAACGGAUGCCAUAAGUUUGGAACAAUUGGUAGAAUUUAUGAACACAAAGCAAAGAGAUCCACGACUCAACGAGAUUUUAUAUCCUCUGUACACCGAGAAAAGAUGCACGGAAAUCAUCAAUGAUUACGAGACGGACGAGAAAGCAAAAGCGGAAAAGAAGCUGACGAAAGAUGGUUUUAUACGAUACUUGAUGUCGGAUGAAAACGCGCCAAUGUUCUUAGACAAAUUGGAAGAAUGGAUGGAUAUGGAUCAACCGUUGGCACAUUAUUAUAUCAAUUCGAGCCACAAUACUUAUCUCAGCGGCCGUCAAAUUGGUGGCAAGAGCACCGUUGAAAUGUAUCGACAGGUCCUACUUGCUGGUUGCAGAUGCGUCGAACUGGAUUGCUGGGACGGGAAGGGCGAGGAUGAGGAACCUAUCAUAACUCAUGGUAAAGCUAUGUGCACCGAUAUUCUUUUCAAAGAUGUAAUUUAUGCUAUAAGAGACACUGCGUUCGUCACCUCGGAGUAUCCCGUGAUUCUAAGUUUUGAGAAUCACUGCUGCAUGAAGCAACAAUACAAAUUAGCGAAAUACUGCGACGAAAUAUUCGGUGACCUGUUGCUGAAGGAACCCCUGAAAGAUUAUCCUCUCGAGCCUGGAUGCCCUCUUCCUCCGCCGAGCGCGCUGAAACGUAAGAUAUUGAUAAAAAAUAAACGAUUGAAGCCGGAAGUGGAAAAGGUCGAGCUCGAGCUUUUCCGUGCCGGACAAUUUGAAGACAAAGAUGAAGUGACAGAAGAUGCUAGCGCGCCUGCAGCUGUUCCACCUCCAGAACCAGAACCACCGAAGGAAGGUGAAACUCCUGCCGGAGGCGAAGGAACCGAAGAGGUUCAAGUUAUUCAAUACACGGGCAGUACAAUGCAUGUUCAUCCUUAUCUUUCGUCAAUGAUAAACUACGCGCAACCAAUAAAAUUUCAGAGUUUUGAAACUGCAGAGAGCAAGAAUAUACAUCAUAAUAUGUCUUCGUUCUCCGAGACUGCCGCUCUUAACUAUCUGAAAACUCACUCCGUGGAGUUCGUUAAUUACAACAAGCGGCAAAUGAGUCGAAUAUAUCCAAAGGGCACGAGGGCUGAUUCGUCGAAUUACAUGCCCCAGGUUUUCUGGAACGCUGGCUGCCAGAUGGUGGCUCUGAAUUUUCAAACUCCCGAUUUGCCGAUGCAACUCAAUCAGGGAAAGUUCGAGUACAACGGUACGACUGGCUAUCUGCUGAAGCCCGACUUCAUGCGAAGACCCGAUCGUAGCUUCGAUCCCUUCUCGGAGGACGUCGAUGGCAUUAUCACCGCGCAGUGCGCGGUCCAGAUCAUAGCCGGGCAGUUUUUGUCCGAUAAGAAGGUGGGCACGUACGUGGAGGUGGACAUGUAUGGUCUACCAGCAGACACGAUCAAGAAGGAAUUCAGGACUCGAAUGGUACCGGCAAACGGUCUGAAUCCGGUCUACAACGAGGAACCGUUCUUGUUUCGGAAAGUCGUACUUCCCGAUUUGGCAGUGCUCAGAUUUGGUGUGUAUGAAGAGAACGGUAAAUUGCUCGGGCAACGAAUCUUACCUCUAGAUGGUCUUCAAGCCGGUUAUAGACACAUCUCCUUGAAAACCGAAGCGAACUUUCCGAUGGCAUUGCCAAUGCUCUUCUGCAACAUAGAGUUGAAGAUUUACGUCCCCGAUGGCUUUGAAGAUUUUAUGGCCGCCUUGUCGGAUCCGGGCGGUUUUAGCAAAGCUGCUGAGAAACAAAACGAGACGAUGAAAGGCCUCGGAAUAGAGCAAACGGAUGCAAAGGCGGAAGCUAAGAAGAAAGAAGAAGAAGUGAAGAAAGUGGAAGCAUUGAAAUUGGAACCUAUCACGUUAGAGUCUUUAAAGAAAGAGAAAGGUUUCAAAUUGGGCAAAAAGCAUCAGAAAGAAUUGGAUGCUAUGAGGAAGAAACAUACUAAAGAGAGACAAACUAUGCAGAAGAAUCAUUGCAGUGUCAUUGAAAAGCUUACCAAAGGAAAAGACAAAAAUGCUCUGGCGCAAGACGCGAAUGUAAAGAAAGUUAUAAGCGAGCAAACGGCUCAAUGGUCCGCCAUGAUGGAGAAGCAGAGAAAAGAGGAAUGGGAAUUAUUGAAGAAUCAAACGCAAAGUUCUCGCGACGAAUUAAAGAGACUGAUUGAGAUCGUGCAGGCCACACAAAUUAAACAAAUGCAGGCGAAGCAUGACAAAGAUAUAAAGGAUAUGAACACCAAUCAAGCGAAAAUAUCUGUAGAAACGGCAAAGGAAGUAAUGAAUGAUAAAACUUUAAAGACAAAGGGUGAUAAGGAUAGACGGCUUCGCGAAAAGAAGCAGCAGAACAAAAAAUUCAUAGAGGAAAGGAAGACUAUAGAGAUCAAGCAGGGCCGUGAGAGGGAAAAGGUGAAGGUUACACAUGAAAAACAAGUGCAGAAUUUAGAUAAAGAUAUUGACAUGAGUAUCGAAAUGUACGAGAACGAAGUGAUUGAAUAUGAUUUAUCAUCCAAGGCGGAAUUUUAUAUAUAAUUUUCUUUUCUUUAUCAUUUUACUUAUUACUUAUUCAUGACCUUGUAUUUUAUGUUAUAUAUAUAUUAUUUAUAUUUCUUAUAAUUUUAUAUUAUUUUUAUUACCAUACUGUUAUAGCAAAUUAUGUUUAGCCGUAAUUUAAAUAUAAAUAAAAAUAUAAAUCGUU